UGAUUUUUUAAGGCAAAAUGAAGUUGGCUGUGUUUCUCUUUCUUCUUGUUGAUUUCUUCUGGUUUACUAUGUGUCAGUUGCAUAAAUAUCACUAUAUCGAUCAACAACUGGAUUGGACUCAAGCUCAGCAGUUCUGCAGAAAAAGUUACACUGAUCUGGCUACAGUGAGAAGCAUGGCAGACAUUGACCAACUCAAAAAUGCCUUCAAAAACAGAAAUGGGGCUUGGAUUGGACUGCACAACAGCAACACAUGGCGUUGGUCUCUACCUGAUCUGCAGUUCAAAGAAGAAGACACAAAGUGGGGUGGCGGAGAACCCAAAGAUGGAAAAAACUGUGGGGCAAUAUGGAAAACCCAUGCCAAAUGGGAGGCUAUUUCCUGUGAAAAGUCAACAGAUUUCAUCUGCUACAAUGAUAGAGACUCAUCUAAAAGACUAUACUUCAUUCAACAAAAAAAAAAUUGGUUUGAAGCCCAAGAGUACUGUGAAAAGGAACACACAGGUCUGGUCGGUGGAGCACAGCUAAAGGAGCUGGAGGAGGCUUGCUUUUGGAGCAUCUUAAACACAGACAGUUCUCAGGAGCUGUGUCAAGACGAGAGGCUAUCGGAACUAUUCAUGCCAGAUAACGAAGCCCCCGUUGUGGCUGUGGAUUCCUUAGACCAAGUCUGCACAAGCCAUGACAUUUUUAUCGGCCUGAUCAGAGAUACCUGGGCCUGGUCGGAUGGGAGCAGUUUCUCUUCUAGAUCCUGGCAUCCAGUGUUUCCCAAAACGGCCGGAAACAAAAACUGCAUCAUGAUGAAUAACAAAGGCGAAUGGAUCAACCAUGACUGUAAAAAUAAAGGACCCUUCAUUUGCUACACAGGUAAUGACUAA